ACCCAGCCGGUAACGCAGUCGUGUCUGUGAAAAGUGACAGUUAUGGUGAUACUGAUGCCAACGCUACGUGGAAAACUUUGUUAAACUGUGCUACCUGCGAGGAUUUCUUGUGAUUUUGGCAUUGGGAGGAUAAUUUUUUUUCAUUAAAAUGCCAUGUGACAACAAAGCCUUUCUUAAAGGUGUUCAAGUCGCUAUUUGCACAGUGGCUCUAAUCUUCAAAGUGAUGACGACAUGGGAAGCGGACAGGGUGAACCAUUUUCUGCAGAAGCAGUCCCGAGAGUGGACCGGUGCCAGCUACACGCACGCCACCUCACUCACGUCCAUUUUUAUGGACAUCACGUUCGGAGGAUUUUUGAUAAUAUGCCUGUGCCAGCUUGUCGGACACGUCUUGGGCGACCCCAAGACCAAAUCAGAGUCAAUGAUGAUGGUGAUCGGUUUUUUGAUGAUGGCCGGUUCCGGAGGCAUUCUGGUAUCAUCGAUCGACGACGUUCCUGACCAGUUGUACGACAACACCAUCGUACUCGCCGUACUGGCGUUGAUCGGCGGUGUUCUCUUCCUGACGGACGCGGGGACAAAGUGCGCAAGGAAAGAGAGGCCAAAGAAGCUGCCGGCUAGGUCGAAACGAGACAUCGUCGUCAUACCGAAACAAGAGGAGAAGAAAGAAGAAGAAGUCGCGACGGUUGAACAACCGACCGUGGAACAUCAAAGAGAAGAACAACCUAAAGAAACGCCCCCCGGUCAUGCUAAGAGUGAGAACGGUGGGAUCAGCAGCGUCCAGAUAAGGAUAAAGGACCCGAAGAAAAAUUGGGCUGUUUAUGGUGACAUGCCACCAAGGAGCACAUCAGAGCUGGACGUCCUUGCAGAAGCGGAAGUGGUCGACCGGAUGCUCACCCGUGGCGAACAUGUUGCAAUGACCAGGUCCGCAAUGGGCCAGGUGCCAGACUUCAAGCAGUCACCACUCAGGCACACUUCAUCUUUCUACAUCACUCCGACGCCGCAUUUUGCCUGGAAGAGGCUCAGCGAGAAAACUUAAUGUUUAAUUUUUAUAUAUAUUUAUGGUUGUAUUUUUAUGUUUUAUAUCGGAUAAUAAUAGAAAAUUUUCGAA